CCUGAAUCUUAUAUUUCAGAAUUAGAUGGGAGUAGUGGCAUCAGAAAAAUGUGUGGUGGUAACCCAGCUGCGGUUGAACGUAUGCUAGCGUUUGGAAGAGAAGUUCAACACAUGAGUCAAGUCUUACGAAGAGAAUUGGGUAAAAAUGACCAUAACAAAAAAAUGCUGCAAGAUGCCUUCAGUCUGUUAGCCUAUAAUGACCCUUGGAACAGUCCUGUUGGAUGGCAGUUAGAUCCGCUUCAGCGGGAACCUGUUUGCCAGUCAUUAAAUUCAGCUAUAUUAGAGUCUCAUCAGUUACCUCGACGACCUCCUUUAGAGAUCUGUGUGGCACACACUAAGCAGCUGAUUAAUCUCAUGUCACGUUCAGGACUUGGGUCGUGUGCCUUUGCCAGCGUAGAAUCUAUUCUUGGCAGCCAACAGUGACACUCCCUCUAUGGGCCCUCCACUUCCUUCUCAGGGGCCUCCAAUCCACUUUGGACCGCAUUCUUAAAAUUUGUUUAAAAUCUGCUUGACUGACUAGAAGUCACAAGCAGUCAGUGAUGUUUUUGAGGGGGUAAUCCCUAUUAAGUUAUUAAGAAAUAUAGCUCAAGUGGAUUUUUCCUGAUGAUGAGCUCGUGAUACCUUGGAAUUUGGGACAAUGUAUAUUGCGCUGGUGUCAGGGAAAUGGUUCACUUACAAAUGACAAAGUAAUAAAGGUUCAUUAUUAUUGUACAUAAUUUGAGUUGUUCAGUUUGACAAUAGUCUAUCAUGAAGCUCUCUCAGUGUGACGAGAUAUACCUGUAUGAACAAAGAUAUUUAAAGUGGUUUAUCAUUUCUCAUUACUAGGUGUGAUAAUUUAUGUUGGAAUAUAGAGGGUGAGCUACUGUUGAUCAUUGACCUAGAAACUGUUGGAUUUGAUGAACAAGGCAAUAGCUAAAGAUCUCUUACUUGAAAAGUGGAAAUUUAUUUUUACUUUUGUGAACAUACCUAUAUUCCACAAAGAUGUUAUGCCAUUGUGUGACAUAGGAUUGGAUAUUGUAUGGGUAUCUUGAUGAGUAUAUGGAUGAAAGAAGUGCAGCCUUCCUGGUUCUCUUUGUGAAGUUCUCAUAUUUAUUACAUUUCCUUUUUCACUGAAUUUACAUUUUAUCAGAAAGGCAACUAUGGAUAUUUAUGAGCUGUAUUAAGUUCAGAUAUGUUAUGCACCAAAUGGUAUUGUAUGAACUAGUGGUAAGAAAGGCAAGCUGAGGUCACUUUCACAUUAUUAAACACAGAUAGUCUGUGGAAUGCUUGUAGAGAAGUAACAUACACAUGUUUAUAGUAUGUGUCAUCUCUUGGAAAGUUGUCCAGAUAAAGUUUGGAAGAAAGUGUUGAAAUUAGCAUUUAGUAUAAAGUUGA